AAACGCCGGCGAAGAGGUCUGUCCUUAAUACGCAAAAUUCAGGCCGAUAAAAAUGUCGACAACGACUCCGUUCCUGAUCAAAUCGAUUCAUCUUCUUCAUAAAAUCAGCAUUACAAGCAAUAAUUUUUUUAAGGCAUCGUCGUUAUCAAUUUCUACUCCAAUUCCAUCUGCUCGUUCUUCGUCGGCGAUAACAUGGAGCAGGCAGAAUUUGGUCCUUCAUAUAGGAGGAGGAGGAGGAGGAGGAGGAGGAAUGCUAUAUUGUAGCAAUUACAGUUCUAGUGCCGGUGAAGUUAGGGCCGCUGAUUACUUAAAAUUGUCGGACCAGGAACUGAUGAGACAGUGCGAAAUGGAUACGUUCAAGGCUUCGGGACCUGGUGGCCAGCACCGCAACAAGCGCGAGUCCGCCGUCCGUAUCAAGCACCUCCCCACUGGUGUUAUUGCUCAGGCUGUUGAGGAUCGAUCCCAGCAUAUGAAUCGUGCAUCUGCCCUAGCUCGCCUCCGCACUCAAUUAGCUCUCAAAGUCAGGAACAAAGUGGAUCUUGAUUCAUAUUCACCUCCUCUAGAGCUUCUUCGCAUUCUUCCUCCGGCAUCAACAAUUAGGGGAUCAGAGUGUGGUCCACAAAUUGGUCCCAAAAAUCCUAAAUUUGUGUUGGGCAUGCAAGCUUUGCUGGAUUUAAUAUUUUCUGUUGAAGGUUCUGUAUCUGAAGCAGCCAAGUUGCUGGGAUUAAGUACUGGGGCACUUUCACGGUUGAUACUAUCAGAUGAUUCUCUUCGAAUGGCAGUGAAUGAGCUGAGGGCUUCCAAGGGUAUGAAGCCUCUCAAGUAGAACAUUUAAUGGUGAUUUUUCCAGGUACAAUAAAACACUAUUCUUCUUUGCAACCUGAAAUCCAAAAUGACUUUUUCCAUUCCUUGUCAAUAACUAGGAGAGCCUUUUUUAGUGGUGGUUUAGUUGUAUUUUUUUUCUCUUUUUGGCAUCUAAUAUUGAUUGCAGAAAUCUGUCAUUUGUGAGGUCAGUAAAGACUUGUCUGAUUG